CAAACAAUCAGCCCAAUGGCGCAAUCUGUUGAGUUGACUCACGCAACACCCACCCACAUCCCCUCAAUCGCCGAACCUCUAGCACCUUACAUCAAAAGCCGCCAGGAUGCCCUGCUGAUUCGGCAAGCUUUGACCAUAUAUCUUCGCUCGCAUAUCGAGUUCGCAGGGAAUAAUACCGAGCACCCAGAAUGCCACAGUCAAUCCCAUCUGUCAUUAUCAGUGCCCCACGACGCGGUGGUCGAUGUCAAGCGGCUUCCAUCAGAGUUGACAGGGUUGCGAAGACAGUACCUGGAAGCGCUCCAGUCGAAUGUGGCUGCGAGGAAGGAUUAUCAGUCAGUUGUGGAGAAGGUGACUUCUGUGGGCCGUGAAAGGAGCAAACCACGGGCGGAAAAGUUAUCAGUGGAUUCGUCCGCGGAGUUACAGGAAUAUCUGCGGCUUCUUCGUGACCGUCGUCGGCAUGCGAAGCUUCAGGUUUUCGAACACUACACCAAAGAGCUCAAACAACGUGAUACGCCCAAACCAGCGGAUAUAGAGGAUAGCGGAAUUCAUUAUCAGCAGCUUGCGCCACCACCAGAGAUUGAAGUUACCCGACAUGGCUCUACCACCGGGCUUACCGUCGAAGAACAGAUGCAUAACCUGGAAAAAGCCGUUAUCCGGGCCAAAGCUCAGCUGGAGAGAGAGAAAGGGUUGUUAGAAGAACUUCAGGCGCAACAAGCGCCCGUAGAGGCCCAAGAUAUUCCACGCCCAGUUAAGGGCGUGGCGUUACAGCGGACUCGUAAUGAGUUGGUGCGUUGGGUGGAGGAGAAAUUAGUAAGUGCUGGAAACAAUGAGAACCGUUCGGCCUCCCGAGACUUUCAUACCGAAGACAUGGAUGAGUCUGUGCGUCUGCUUGGGGAGAAGAAAGCACAGAUCGCACAACAAUACGCUGCAUAUGCAGAUGCUCGCAAGCGUCUGCUCGAUGCGGCCUCCAGAGCUUGCCAACCAGUUACUCUCCCGGCUGGAAAGCCCUCAUCCCGGCCUACUAGCUUGGUGCAAGGAAAGAAUGCAUCAGGUGAAACACAAUCUCUGGAUGAAUUGGGAGUCCUUGCUUUUGCUAGCGAUGUCCUUCAGCCGUUGGCCAGGAGCCAGCGCGCAUUGGCACUACAGAAAUUCUACCUAUCGGGUAUGCUUGCGAAGGAAAAAGCCACCACUCUUCGCAUUCUGAACAGGCUGCGAGAUGAAAGCCACCUUCUCCCAGAGUACCCGAUUCUGGCACGCCAGCCACGGUUCAAACAUGCGACAGCAACUCUAGCUUCGCACCAGGCCACGAGUACAGAGUCUGCCAAGCCAGACCAACUCGUUGACCUGGCCGAGGCAUGGGCAUCUGCCUCAGAUGCAGCAGGCAUGACUGAACAAGAAUACGUCGGGUGCCUACUGGAGGAAGGGAUAGAGACAGCGCAGGAUGCGCAACAGGCGCUGGAAGAUGUUUAUAGUAUACUUAACCAGGACCUGAAGGAUACCUUACGUGACCGGCAGGACGAAUCGGGCGAGGACACAUCGUCUGCAAGGGUCAGUAAAAAGUCUGCCUCUGGGUCUGACUCGGCGAUUUUGCCGCGCCACGCGGGGUGGUGCAAGUUGAAGUCGCUGAGCACGAGCCAAUCUAUCCUUUUGUUUGGUCUUUCGCUGUCUGAAGGAGUCAAGCUUGUCAGGGUGCUCAUGAUCGAUGUGAGCGCCUAUUUCGGAGCGAAACAGCAAGCAAAAUCAGCAAAAUCUGAUGCUUUGAAGCAACGGGCAGAUAUAGAUCAGGAUACGCCUACAGUGCCUGCAAAAAGGCGUUGUAUUCCUGCAAUCACUACACCAGUUCCUACACCUGUUCUAACGCGUGAGCCGCUUAGCCAAGCACCUAGUCUGCCACAUAGUCCACCUAUACAGGCAUCCUAUACAUCUGCUCCCGCCGGCCUCUAUGCACAGCGAGAGAUUGAUGUUGAAGGAAGACCUCGAAUGGCACCUUUCGUGCUUAUCCCUACACCUGCGUACAGCGUUCCUACCUAUACAGGUCCGAUCCCUUCUGGAUCCCAAUACAACGACCGAGCAAGCAGUUGGUGGCGCUACGAAGAUGGCCUCUUUCGAUUAGAAAUGGCCCAUAUGCAGCAUCCCGCUCAGGGACUCUUAAUCUCUAAUAUUAUUCCUGAAUAG